AUGACUACUGCCCACCUCGCUGCCAACCAUGAGGGUGCCAACGGUACCGCUGCUAUCGAGAAGAAGAUGAGCGGAAUCUCGCUCAACCCCACUCGCCCUGCCUACGUCCCUCCCCACCUUCGCAACCGCCCCGAUGCCGCCCCUGUCAAGCUCGAGACUAUGGCUGCUCGUGCUCCCGCCGCCCACACCAACGGCUUUGGCAACUUGCCCACCCCGGCGCCUACUCCGCCUCAAGCCGCUCGCGCUGCCGAGGAUGGCGGCUGGGGUCCUCCCCCUCCCGUUGUCCGUACCAUGGGCUCGAACGGCGCUCCCCCUGGCUACGGUACCUGGAAGAACGGCAAGCAUGUCGCUGGCUCCCGCAACCAGCGCAUGGAGCACGAGCUCUUUGGUGAGGAGGGUGAUGGUGUCCACCAGGCUACUGGUAUCAACUUUGACCGCUACGCCGACAUCCCCGUCGAGGCCACCGGCGAGGGCGUCCCCGAGCCUGUCACCACCUUCACCGAGGACCACCUCGACCCUGUCCUCCUCGAGAACAUCGAGAUGGCGCGGUACAAGACCCCCACCCCAGUCCAGAAAUACUCUAUCCCCAUCGUCCACCAGGGCCGAGACCUGAUGGCCUGCGCCCAGACCGGUUCCGGAAAGACUGGCGGUUUCCUCUUCCCCAUCCUCUCCUCCAUGUUCAGCACUGGACCGCGUGCCUCUCCCCAGGAGCACGGUGGGUCCUACGGUCGCAGCCGCAAGGCAUACCCCACCGCCCUCAUCCUUGCUCCUACUCGUGAGCUGGUCAGCCAGAUCCACGAUGAGGCGCGCAAGUUUGCCUACCGAUCCUGGGCUCGGCCCGCCGUCGUCUACGGUGGUGCCGAUAUCGGCUCGCAGAUCCGCGCUCUGGACCGCGGGUGCGACCUGCUCUCCGCCACCCCCGGUCGUCUCGUCGACCUCAUCGAGCGCGGCCGGAUCUCGCUCGCCAACAUCAAGUACCUCGUCCUUGACGAGGCCGACCGGAUGUUGGACAUGGGUUUCGAGCCCCAGAUCAGGCGGAUCGUCGACGGCGAGGACAUGCCGGGCGUUCAGGAGCGUCAAACCCUCAUGUUUUCAGCCACCUUCCCCAGGGAGAUCCAGGGUCUCGCCCGGGUCUUCCUCAAGGAGUACGUCUUCCUCUCGGUCGGUCGGGUCGGUUCCACCUCGGAGAACAUUACUCAGCGCAUCGAGUAUGUCGACGACCAGGACAAGCGGUCCCUGCUCUUGGAUCUGCUUCUCGCGGAGCAGUCGGGCGGGUUGAUCCUUGUUUUCGUCGAGACAAAGCGCAUGGCCGACUCGCUCUGCGACUUCCUCUGUGCUCAGCGUCAUCCCGCCACUUCCAUCCACGGCGACCGGACCCAGCGCGAGCGAGAGGCUGCUCUCCACGCGUUCAAGACUGGUCGCGCUCCCAUCCUCGUCGCUACCGCCGUCGCUGCGCGAGGUCUCGAUAUCCCCAACGUCACCCACGUCAUUCUGUACGAUCUCCCCUCGGACGUCGCAGAGUACACCCACCGAAUCGGUCGUACCGGUCGAGCGGGUAACACUGGUAACUCGACUGCGUUCUUCAACCGAAACAACAUCGGUCUCGCCAAGGACCUCAUUGAGCUUCUUACCGAGUCUCACCAGGAGAUCCCGGCGUUCCUCCCGUCCAUCGCGUCGGAGCGCAGCUUUGGCGGCGGAUCGUCGUACGGCUCGAGGGGCCGGGGUGGAGGACGUGGCGGUGGUGGCGGACGCUCUGGUGCGGGUCGCGACACUCGUAGCAGCGGUGGUGGCGGCUUUGGCGCGCCCCGGUCGGGCGGUGGUGGCUAUGGUGGAGGUUACGGCGGCGGUGGUGGCGGCUUCCCUGCUGCCUCGGGCGGCGGCUCGAGCUGGUGGUAA